AUGGCUGGUUUAUCUAUAUCAACAUUAUGUGAAGUGUUAACUAAAAAUUUGAAUAUUACACAAUGCCAAUAUAAUGAACAUAAUAACGUUUGCCGAUGUAUCGAUAUAAAUCCACAUAUGAGAGCAGUGGCAUCCACAUCUGCAUCAUCCGAUAUUAUGUUCAGCGAAGUAAUGCUUAUAUUUCUUGUAUUAGCAAUAUGGUUAUCAGCUAUUGGCUUUUGUUUACAUCAAUAUAAAACAUUGAGACGGUUAGAAACACAAGUACACUAUUGCGUUAGCCGAAAAGAUCCAAAAAAUAUUGGCAAUAUUAAAAUUGUAGCACGUGAACAAGAUUCUAUUAUUUAUAAGAAAAAACGUUAUUCAACUAUGCAAGAUAACAAAAUAAACGUUGAUACGUUACAUUAUAUUCGUUAUAUACCGACAACGAUAGAUAAAAAUAUUCUCACAUCAAAUGAACUAAAUGGUAUAAGAUUUUCAACGACAACAAUGUUUACCUUACCCACUCAACAUGAAGAUAUUAAUGAAUUAGAAGAUGACAAUGAGAAACUCAAUGAUGAGGUUAAUCCAUUACUGAAUAGUGAUGCUAGACAUUUAUUACCAAACAAAAGAGAACAUAGUCUAUCAAAUGCUUCGGCAUUAACUGUCGCAGUACCAUUAUCCGCGCCAAGCACUUUAAAUUCAUCUUGGAAUAGUCAUUUUUAUGAAACACGUCAUUCGACUCAACAUCUUUGUGUACCAAGUUUAAGAUUCAAUCGGUUAUCGGAUGGGAAUAUUUCAUUACCCGUACCAUCAUCGAUGAUAAAUGAACAUCAUCAACAGCACAAUAAUCGAAAAUCGGGCGAACAAUUACUCGAUCCUUGUCUUAUAUCGAAAACUGUUCGACGUAGUCUACUCGCACUUCAUCGAGAAUCUCAGGAAAAUAUGAUACUACGGCAUAAAGAAAAAACGCAAAGUGAAAGUGAUGUACAUGGAAAAUUUAUACCAUGGAAAAUAAAAAUGAAAUCAAAAUUGAAACGAACACCAGUAAACAAACAACAUGGAAAAAAACUUAUACACAAUGAUUCUUCAUUCGAUUCUCAAACACAAUAUGUGUCAACUGCUCCAACAGUUCCCAUAGGUUUCUUGAAUCCAGUUGCUAUUCAAACUACAAAAACUCUGAGACGUAGUUUAAAACAUUAUCCAAAAUAUUCGACACAAAGUCGCGAUAGUCCCGAUUGUAGUUUUGAUAUAGCAUCAUCCGAACCUCCAACAAGUAUUAUGAUGUUAAAUGAGUGUGUUACUUCGACAACUACUUCAAAUGACCAUCAUACACAAGAUAACUAUGAUCAAAUGAAAACAUAUCAAAAUUUGCCGCCUAGGACGUCACUUGAAAAGUUAAAAGAAAUUUGA